AUGUAUGUGAAAUGGUUUGAUACAGUAAUGUUAUACUAUGUAAUUUUAGUGAAUGUCACUUUUUGUCAUUUUUAAAUUUCCCGCUGCGCCAUUCCCGUACGUCCCGACGUUGCGGGGGACGGAACCCAGAAGACAGAUGCCGGCAUCGGCUGGAGGACAUGACAGGGGAUGCUGCAGGAGAGACAUCGCGGGGGAGGACAAGGUAAGUGAAGAAGAGAUCCCGGAGCAACGCUGCAGGGUAUUCCUGAGUGUAGCUCGGGGUUACCGCUUGUGUUACACUCGGGAAUACCGCCAGGGAGGCUAC